CUUUUGAACUGAUUAAUUUAUUGUGAGAGAUGUAUUUAUUUCAUUAAUUAUUGGUAUUGGUUUUGUUAUUUUGUUUUUUGUUAAUUAUCAUUUUUUUCGAUGAUCAUCAGAAUGUUAAUAAGGAAUUUUGACAAACGACUUAGAUGAAAAUUGAGCUGAGAGGCUUAAAAGUUCGUUAAUCACUACCUUGGUUCAAUAAAUUUGAUUAUGUAUUACCCUGUUGGCUGGCCAAAGAAUAUUGCCCUAGAUUUGAAAAGACGGUAUCUGAAAGAUGAACUGUCUGGUGAUGUUCCGAAAGAAAAAAUUCUGGAUAUAUCCUCUAAUAAUGAAAGAAAUUUAAUCCUCAUUUUAACCAAUAUAAGCCUUAGGAUAUGGUUUUGUAAGCCUUCAGUCGAGAUUGUUUUUCAUACACGAAAUGAAAAUUCAAUUCGUACUUUUGGAUACAAUUUAAGUGCUGAUUGGAGGCCAGAUUCUGGAACAAUAGUGGUACAAACAACAGAGGAUUAUCUUCUUUUCUAUAAGUGCGGUUUAAAAGAUCCAAAUGAAGAACUGUUUCGCCAAGAGGAUUCAAAUGUUGCCGGUUUCCGGCGAGAAUCAGCCGAGUUAUUUAUUCAAGAAAAGAUUCCCUCUUUAUAUCUUGUAUUCACCAUCUCCAUCAAAAUCCAUCCCGGUAUUUCUAGCAUUAUGUCCGCCGAAGAAGAAGUGGUGGUCUGUACAAAAACGUCCGAAAUUUUCGGAAUUAAUUGGGACGGUACAAUGGAUUACGAUUUUAAUUUCAAAAUCAGUGAUAUCCUGCCAUUCGCUACAACCGAGACAGAUUACACCAUUUCGGAUAUUAAAUAUUCUUCCAUGAUAGGUGGAUUUUCAAUUGUUUUUGCCAAUGGCCGUGGUGGCUUUUUACCUCUUUUGGCUCAAUCUGAAACGGAUGAAUCAGAAGCUAAAUAUCGACCAUCGCGUCUUCGAUUUGUACCUGAUGUUGACAAUUUUGUGUGCACAGCCAUCAAUCAUAAAUAUCAAUUACUAGCUUUCGGACUUCGUAAUGCGGAAGGCCUUCUCUGUUGUGUCGAUGAUGUUAAUGCUUCAGUAUUAAUAAGUCAUCGUCUUAUGCUUUCACCAAGUUCCUUUCCUAAUGCAUCAUCAACUGCCGGUCCAAUGUGUUGUGUGCAAUGGUCACCUGAUUCUAAUGUGAUUGCUACUUCUUGGGAAAAAGGUGGUUUUGCUCUUUGGAGUGUUUUUGGUGCUCUGUUAGCUUGCUCAUUGUCGUGGGACUAUGGUAUUGUUGAUAAUUGUCGAUCAAAUUUAAAUGCUUUCUCACACCUUGCUUGGGGACGAGAAGGUUAUCAAUUAUGGAUGGCUGUUAAAAAUUCUACUAGUGAAUUUUUCGACUCUGUUCAUCAACUAAGUUUGGCUAAAAGUGUCCUAGCUUGCAAUCCAUCAGUAAUGGGAUCUCCCGGUGAAGAUGUAUUACUCAUUACUGAAGAUCGUAUCUAUCUAGGAGUUGGUGCUGCUGCUGUAACUCCAGAGGUCCAAAUUAAUGGAGCAGAAAAUCAAGGUAACUCAGGAGGCCGGAGUGGGAAUCUCGGUGGUGAUAUUGAUCAUAAUAUAGACAAUUUACCAUCAACAAAUGCGGCUUCUGAUGUUUCUUGGGAACGUCAACCUGUUGAAAUUGGUAAUCAUCAAUGGAUUAUCAUUCAAAUGCCCUCAUCUUACUUAGCCAAUAAUUGGCCCAUUCGAUUAGCAGCAAUAAACAGCAAGGGCAAUUGUAUCGCCAUCGCAGGCUCAAAUGGAUUUGCUCAUUAUAGCCUUGUUACUCGCAAAUGGAAACUGUUUGGCAAUGAAACCCAAGAAAAAGAUUUUGAAGUGAGAGGUGGUCUACUUUGGUGGAAUGAUUAUAUUGUUAUGUCUUGCUACAAUCUGGUUAUCGGCAAUUAUGAGAUUCGAGCUUACCCACAGAAAAUGAAAUUGGAUAAUCAGUUUUUAAAAUUUAUUAAAGUGCCAGCAGAAGUUCAUCUAAUGUCUGUUUUAGAUAAUCGACUGCUCACCCUACUUUUAGACGGUACCAUUCACUUGUUCAAUUUUGAUAUUGCUCAUUCCAAUUCCUCAUCAACGACCCACCAUAAUAACCAUCAUCAUCUCAAUCAUCCCAAUCAUGGAACCAAUUUAGCUCGUAUACAGUUUAUAAAUGAAAUUAUUGUUGACAUGCUGAAUGUUCCUCCUCAAUGUGUUACGUCCAUAGUCUUGUCCACAAUUCAUAACGAACCUCUGGUUAAAGCAUCUGAUCCCUCUAUUUUGUUAAACAUUUGUGGACGCUUGUUUCUUCUGGAACGAAAAAAUACAACUGAUACUGGAAAUAAUAGUGCCAGUGGUGUUGGUAGCAUAGAGUCCAAUUCAAUCUCUACUAGUGUCAAUAAUUCGACACUUCAUGGCCAAAGCUCAAUCACCUCUAAUAAUAGUAUUACCUCUAAUGGAAUAGAUCAUGAAAGUGAAGAAAAUGACGGCACUCCAAUAAUGUACAGAAUUGUUUCCAAACUUGCUUCUGGCGUUGAAAAUAUUUGGAUUUCUCGACCAACAAACUUGGUUAUUCAGUCGAACGUGAUAGCUCCAAGUAUAAGCAGCAGUAGCAGUCAUUUGAGUCAAAGCAAUAGCAGCAUAAACUCAAGCAUUAGUAGUAAAAGUGAAACCCAGGAGCCAACUCGAAUUCUGUCCAAUAGUAGUAUAUCGGCUUUAAAUAAUUCAGAUCGUCCACAUUUAACGAAUGCUCUUUGGUUAUCAUGUGGAAGCAACGGAAUGGGCGUUUGGUUACCAUUACUUCCAUCUUCGGACGAGAAAACUUUCCCAAGUUCAAGAGCUCAUAAUUUUAUGUCCAAACGUAUAAUGUUACCGAUUAAUACUCACAUUUAUCCUUUAGCUGUGUUAUUCAGAGAUGCUGUUGUCCUUGGAGCUGAAAAUGAUACCAUUUUUGUUGGUAAAAGCUGCCCAAUCAACUUACCCUUUUGUGUUAUCUCUCGAACAAGCCAAGUUUAUAUUCAUCAUAUUCUUCGAGGCCUUCUUAGACAAAACCUCGGAAUUCAAGCCUGGGAAAUCGCCAAUUCUUGCACAAAUCUUCCAUAUUUUCCACAUUCCCUUGAAUUGCUUUUACAUGAAGUACUUGAAGAGGAAGCAACUUCAUCCCAACCAAUUCCUGAUGCACUAUUACCUCGAGUGAUUGAUUUUAUUCGUGAAUUCCCAUUCUUUUUGGAGACUGUUGUGCAUUGCGCUCGUAAGACUGAACUGGCCCUUUGGCCUCACCUUUUCACCGUUGUCGGUAACCCGAAAGAUCUUUUCCAAAAAUGUUUAGAUGAGGAUAGGUUGGAAACAGCCGCUUCUUUUAUCAUUAUUUUACAAAAUUUAGAAAAAUCAUCUGUUAGUCGUCAAUAUGCAACUAAAUUACUGGAAAAUGUCAAAAAUCAUUGUCGUUGGUCAUUAGCAAAAGAUCUUGUUCGUUUUCUGAGCGCCAUCGACUCUACAGACUUUGAAUCUCCAGUUACUAAAACAUCACCUCCUGUAUCUGUACCUGUAAGCCAUGCAUCCCAUCACAACAGCCAUACAAUCAAAUAUAUGCUUUCCAAUUCCCUUUCCAACACUAGUAGCAGUGACCUACCUGAUGGCCAUCAUUUGAAUAACUGUGUUGCUUCUUUGCCUCAGCGUAAACGAACCCAAAGCUCAAGUAGCACACUGGCCUUACAUUCACCAUCUUCAGCAUCAACUUAUUCCAACACUACUUCCUCUUCAUCAACUUCAGGAAUUGCUAGUGCUUCAUUGGGAACACCUUCUUCCAGUAGUCCACCUUUGAGCUCAUCAUCUGCUGAAUGUAUACCCAAUAGCAUUCCUCUUAAAGCCAGAGACAGGUGAUUGUGAGCAAGAAAAUUUACAAUUACCUUCACCGCCACCGUCAUCAUCAUCUGCAUCAUUUCGGCCUCUUUGGUGAUCAAGUAACAAAAAAAGGAGUUAAUAUAUAAAAGAGCAUUAACAAGUUCAUUCCUUAUUACUUUAAAAGAUAAACCUCUAAAAAGUAAAUCAAAUCAAAAAUAAAAAGCUGAGAAAAUAUUAAAAUGAAGAUAGAUCUUUACCAUCAUGUCAAUCAGACAGAAAAACAACAAAAAUGAUUUGUAUCUUUCAUCUUUUCUUUUUCUGUUUCAUCUUGUCAAUUGUUGAAACCAGAAACCAUUUGUACAAUUCGAUUCAUCUUUACAAUAAUGUCCUUAAACCUUAUAUUAUGAUUAUUAUUAUUAUUAUAAUUAUUGAUGCCUUUAUACAAUUACUCUCAUUCUUGUCACCCACAAUCAUUGAAACCAGAAAAUAAUGAAAAUCAAGAAUCAAUCUGAAAA